GAGCCUGUGAUAAGUCUCUGUUCCUGUCAAAAACACAGCUGAGCGAUGACUCAGUUGUCAGCGGCUGUGAAAUAGAUCCAGUUGUUGCUAUAUGCCCCAUUAAUCUGGAGGAGAAUUAAACUAAUUAGAUAUUGAUCUCGAGCGGAUCGUAUAUCAAACAGACGGGGAAGUAUUGAUUUAUACCAUCUUGGACUAGUCCUUGAACGGAAUAUUCCUAUAUCUAGAUUCUACAGGAUUAUUUUCCUGCUGUAGCAAACUGGCUCAAUUUAAGAUCCUACACCUGCAGGCUAUGUGAGAGCGGCACACAUGGUGUUGGCAGGGACCUCCCCUGCUGUUCCAGAGUUGACUUGCACCCCCGAUAUGAAAGCGCUCCGAAAUCCGCCAUGGGAUUUGUGUUUGUGCCAUGCCUGUGUGUCAAGUUCAGUGCUAAGAGAGGAAAUAUGGGCCAGGAAGGCUGUUUUGAUGUCUGUGCAGCGGGAGUCUCUAUGGCUGUGUGGACACAUCACUCUGGGCUACGGGCUCUUUCUCCUAGUCGCCCUUCCAGACCUCACCACAGGCAGGCAAGGGAACUGCAGCCAUCCACUGGUGCCAGAACACGGAGGCUUCCGCUGCGAGCCCUCCCCCUGCCGAGGCUUCCCCCAGAAGAGCUUGAUCUACUACUUCUGUGAGCCCGGCUACACCAUCCCAAAAGAGGUGCACAGCUCGCGCUGCCGCCACGGCAAAUGGAUCCCCAGCGUGCCCACCUGUCUGUCCACAGCAGACAGACAUGUUAACUAUGAGGACCAGGUGGCCCACUCACUCCCUAGCGUUGCCACGACGGCGGUGGGCGUGUCCAUAUUCCUUCUCACCACCACGGCCUGCUUGGUGAUCAAGUCCCGCCUUUUUCCCUGUCACUCACACAGCAGGCGCUCCUCUGACCAGAUGGAUCUGAUGGUGGAUGGCCUGCCUGUGUCUCUGCCCACCUAUGAGGAGGCUGUCUACGGGAGCUGGGGGCAACACCUGCCCCCCUGCAGAGGGCCCACCCAGCUCCUAUUGGCCCAGGAGGCUCCAGGUCCAUCAUUAGCUCACAACCAAUCAGAUUCCAGUCACCUUAUCCCUCAAUCCAAUCAAAGCCCCGAGAUCCUUCCGCCCCCUUACGAGGAGAUCCAAUCCCGCCCCAGAGAGAGUCAGACUGAGGUGGACGUGCAGGCCAUACAAGUUGCACUUCCCGAUGACAAGGACAUUUGAGUGACUGGCGUAUUUGUGUUACCCACCAAUGAUGUACUGACUUGUAAAAUCAUGUGCUCAGGCACUUACAGUGGGGCAAAAAAGUAUUUAGUCAGCCACCAAUUGUGCAAGUUCUCCCACUUAAAAAGAUGAGAGAGGCCUGUAAUUUUUAUCAUAGGUACACUUCAACUUUGACAGACAAAAUGAGAAAAAAAUCCAGAAAAUCACAUUGUAGGAUUUUUAAUGAAUUUAUUUGCAAAUUAUGGUGGAAAAUAAGUAUUUGGUCAAUAACAAAAGUUUAUUUCAAUACUUUGUUAUAUACCCUUUGUUGGCAUUGACAGAGGUCAAAUGUUUUCUGUAAGUCUUCACAAGGUUUUCACACACUGUUUCUGGUAUUUUGGCCCAUUCCUCCAUGCAGAUCUCCUCUAGAGCAGUGAUGUUUUUGGGCUGUUGCUGGGCAACACAGACUUUCAACUCCCUCCAAAGAUUUUCUAUGGGGUUGAGAUCUGGAGACUGGCUAGGCCACUCCAGGACCUUGAAAUGCUUCUCACGAAGCCACUCCUUCGUUGCCCGGGCGGUGUGUUUGGGAUCAUUGUCAUGCUGAAAGACCCAGCCACGUUUCAUCUUCAAUGCCCUUGCUGAUGGAAGGAGGUUUUCACUCAAAUUCUCACGAUACAUGGCCCCAUUCAUUCUUUCCUUUACACGGAUCAGUCGUCCUGGUCCCUUUGCAGAAAAACAGCCCCAAAGCAUGAUGUUUCCACCCCCAUGCUUCACAGUAGGUAUGGUGUUCUUUGGAUGCAACUCAGCAUAUGACAUUCUCCCAAUCUUCUUCUGGAUCAUCCAAAUGCUCUCGAGCAAACUUCAGACGGGUCUGGACAUGUACUGGCUUAAGCAGGGGGACACGUCUGGCACUGCAGGAUUUGAGUCCCUGGCAGCGUAGUGUGUUACUGAUGGUAGGCUUUGUUACUUUGGUCCCAGCUCUCUGCAGGUCAUUCACUAGGUCCUCCCGUGUGGUUCUGGGAUUUUUGCUCACCGUUCUUGUGAUCAUUUUGACCCCACGGGGUGAGAUCUUGUGUGGAGCCCCAGAUCGAGGGAGAUUAUCAGUGGUCUUGUAUGUCUUCCAUUUCCUAAUAAUUGCUCCCACAGUUGAUUUCUUCAAACCAAGCUGCUUACCUAUUGCAGAUUCAGUCUUCCCAGCCUGGUGCGGGUCUACCAUUUUGUUUCUGGUGUCCUUUGACAGCUCUUUGGUCUUGGCCAUAGUGGAGUUUGGAGUGUGACUGUUUGAGGUUGUGGACAGGUGUCUUUUAUACUGAUAACAAGUUCAAACAGGUGUCAUUAAUACAGGUAACGAGUGGAGGACAGAGAACCCUCUUAAAGAAGAAGUUACAGGUCUGUGAGAAUCAGAAAUCUUGCUUGUUUGUAGGUAACCAAAUACUUAUUUUCCACCAUAAAUUGCAAAUAAAUUCAUAAAAAAUCCUACAAUGUGAUUUUCUGGAUUUUUUUUCUAAUUUUGUCUGUCAUAGUUGAAGUGUACCUAUGAUGAAAAUUACAGGCCUCUCUCAUCUUUUUAAGUGGGAGUACUUGCACAAUUGGUGGCUGACUAAAUACUUUUUUGCCCCACUGUAUAUGGAUUCAAGCCUACCAGCAUGGAUCGACUUUCUUUUCAGGUUUCAACCUUAUACAUAGCACACCAGUUCUGAUUGGCUGUUGGUAAUGUUAUGAGACGUAUCCUGCCAUGGAGACAUGGUUUAUUUCCCAUCAGUGAUGGGACCUGAGCCUCGUUUGUUGAGGUGACUUUGGUAAUGAUAUUACUGUUACAUCACAGGGACCUGCGUGUCCUUUUUGUUGGUUUUGCGAUGAUGACAGAGUUGUAGCGUCGAUAUAGAAACCAGCAGACCGACCCUGUUCCCGCCUUGCACCUCUGUCCUAUCUGCUUUGAAUUAUUGACCAGAAUUUGGGGAGGGUUUGGGGUAGAAACCCCCAGGAUGUACUUAUUUGUUAUUGACAUUGAAUGUAGUUGUUUCUCAUUUUCUUUUCAAUAGAAAAAAAUGUAAUGGAUGUAUGUAAUGUAACGUUUACAUAAUAUUGCAAUUAUUGCAUUGCACAGAAGAUUAAACGUCAACAUUGUUUCUAA